CUUUCCUUUCGGUUAGCGCCCAGAGAGGAACAAGGUCGCGGGGAGAGAAGCUGUUGGUGUGCUGCCGCCAUUUCUUCCGCCUUCCGUCUCUGCGCCUUUCGCAGAGUUUCCAACAGCGCUAUGUUGGGACAGAGCAUUCGGAGGUUCACAACCUCUGUGGUCCGAAGAAGCCACUAUGAGGAGGGUCCGGGGAAGAAUUUACCAUUUUCGGUGGAAAAUAAGUGGCGGUUACUAGUUAUGAUGACUUUGUACUUUGGUUCUGGAUUUGCUGCACCUUUCUUUAUAGUAAGACAUCAACUGCUUAAAAAAUAAUCCAGGAAACAGAUAGGAAGAGGAGCAUUUUAAGAGGUGCAAUCUCUGAAAAAAAAAAGGAUCAAACUCUUGGAACUCAACGUACUAGAUAUGUUUUAUAAAUAAACUAAUGGCAUAAAUCCUUAAUGCCUCUUCUCUGAAAUAUGGAACAUGAUAAUCAUUGAGCGUGUGCUUUUUAUUUGGGUAAUCUUCCAUUAUUAGUUUCUUGAUUAGGUACAUGAGUUAGCUAGUUUCUUGGUCUUAUAUUCUAAAUUUUAAUUUUUGAUGCCUAGGGCAGGAAUUUGUUGAUAAUUUGUUGUAAAAGAGGAAUACAAACUUUGUCCUAUAAUUUUUUUUCUUUAAAGGGAGAAAAAAGACUUUUGGUCUUCCAUACUUUGAAGGAAUAAAUCUGUUUUUCCCUCCAGGAGUGGUUAAGUUAAUCAUUAGGAAAACCAGUAGUGUGUACAGAUUUAAGUUCAAGAGCUUCAUUUGUUUCCUCUAGACACGUACUCUAAAAUUAAAAUUUCUUUGAUCAAUGUGGUACUGAGCAAUUAUUUUUGUUUAGACUGAAAGAAAGUAGAAUAUUUGAAAUAUAUUGGAACAUGGAAUAUAAUAGCAUGUGAGACAAUAUUGAAGCUGUUCUCAGUUUAUUCUGGAGCUUUGACCAGUAGAAAUGGUUUAAAGGUUGACUCUGAUUAGUAACUAUAUCAGUGAAUGAAAUUUACAGUUUGAGAAGUGAAAUGCUGUUUACAACUUAAAAUGUAGUGACUUAGAUCCUAGGGCUUUAUAUUAGGGUAGGGGAAAGCAAUUAGCUACUGAAUAUUUUAACCCUAGUUUGGUCACUUGGAAUAUCUACCAGCUUUUCAGUAACCAUCUGGUAACUACUUAAAUAUGGAUGCGAUUUAGUCUCAGUUACUUUGUCCAACUAUUCCGUGUAUUUGUGUAUUUUGCUUUUUGGUGAGGGAGGGGUUGAUUAUUGAUGACUCAUGUUAUCCUGUGCUUGGAGAGUUUUUCUGUAGAACAUUAAGGAUUUCUACCUGUGGGAACUAGAAGCCAAAGUUAAGAGUUUAGGGUUUGUAAAAUGAUUUUGAGUGCUUGGUUCAAAUCUUUGCUAAAUUACAAAUAAAGGGUUUUCUUGGAGGAAA